AUGACGACGACAACCAAUGGACACCACUCUCACGCUAAUCAGCAGCUAGUCCCAGUAGAUAAGCAGCUGUCUUCUCUUCUACACUCUGGAUACUCUCAUCCAACUCUGCGAAUUUGGCAAUCAAAUGAGGGACGAACCAUUACAAAGAACUCGCUUAUUUUCCCCAUCUUCAUAACCGAUGUGCCUACUGACAAAGAAGAGAUCUCUUCUCUACCUGGUCAAUACAGAUACGGUGUGGAUGUCUUGAAAGCUGAAUUCGCACCGCUAGUUAAGAAAGGACUUCGAGCGGUCCUCAUCUUUGGUGUACCUACGCAAAAACCCAAGGAUCCUACAGGAUCGUUAGCAGAUGAUCCAGAAGGGCCAGUCAUUCAAGCCGUAAAGGUAUUCAGGCGCGAAUUCCCUGAAGUACUGGUUAUAUGUGACGUUUGCUUGUGUGAAUUCACGAGCCAUGGACACUGUGGCAUACUGAACGACGAUCAGACAAUCAACAAUCCAGCUAGUAUCAAGAGGCUUGCUGAAGUCUCGCUUGCCUAUGCUAAAGCUGGCUGUCAUGUGAUAGCUCCAUCAGACAUGAUGGACGGUCGAAUUCGUGCCAUCAAGGAAAUCCUCUUAGAAAACGGUAUUGCUCAUCGAGUAUCCGUCAUGUCCUAUGCUGCCAAAUUCGCAUCUUCCUUAUACGGUCCAUUCAGAGAUGCUGCUGGAUCGGCUCCCUCAUUUGGUGAUCGUCGUUGUUAUCAACUGCCACCUGGUGCUAGAGGAUUGGCUCGUCGGGCUUUGAUCCGUGAUGCAGGAGAAGGAGCAGAUAUGAUUAUGGUCAAACCUGCUUCACUCUACCUGGAUAUUGUCCGUGAUGCUCAUGAGCUCUUGCCUGAUUUGCCACUUGCUAUAUACCAAGUAUCUGGUGAAUACGCCAUGUUGUGGUGGGCUGCUCAACACAAAGUGUUUGAUCUACGAGUUGGUGUUAUGGAGAGUUUGAAUGCUGCUGUUCGUGCAGGUGCAAACAUACUUAUCACUUAUUAUACUCCUCUAUUGUUGGAUUGGUUGAGCGAAUAA